AUGGAAGACCCAGAAGUCCUUCAAGCUCGUGCGAAACUUGCAGCUAAGUUUGGCGAAUCCGCAAGAAUCGGUGGAAAAGGCUCAAUGAAGCGCAAGAACAAAGUUCCUCACAAAACCACUAUGGUAGAUGACAAGAAAUUACGAUCUUCUAUAUCAAAACUCGGAGUGCAGCCAUUGCCAGCAAUAGAAGAAGUCAAUUUCUUUAAAGACGACAACACUGUGCUUCAUUUUGUAAACCCACAAGUGACUGCUAACAUAAAAGACAAUUUCUUUGUGGUUUCAGGAGCAGGCGAAGUGAAAACUAUUAAAGAUCUGAUGCCAGGAAUUAUUACUCAAUUAGGGCCUAAAAACCUAGACGUCCUAAAAGAGCUAGUUCAAGCUGGAGCUAAAGAAGGUGGAGAAGAAGAAGUGCCGGAUUUAGUCGGUGGACAAAACUUUGAAGAUAUCGCAAACCAAUCCUAA